AUGGAGAGCAGCAGCGGCCUGCAGGCCGAGUUCACCGUGCGCGGGAAGUACAAGCUGGUGCGGAAGAUCGGCUCCGGCUCCUUCGGGGACAUCUAUCUGGCGAUCAACAUCACCAAUGGCGAGGAGGUGGCCGUGAAGCUGGAGUCCCAGAAGGCCAGGCACCCGCAGCUGCUGUACGAGAGCAAGCUCUAUAAGAUCCUCCAGGGCGGGGUGGGCAUCCCGCACAUCCGGUGGUUUGGGCAGGAGAAGGACCAGAACGUGCUGGUCAUGGAUCUCCUGGGACCCAGCCUCGAAGACCUCUUCAACUUCUGUUCCAGAAGCUUCACCAUGAAAACGAUCCUCAUGUUAGCCGACCAGAUGAUCAGUAGGGUUGAAUACGUGCAUACAAAGAAUUUUAUACACAGAGACAUUAAACCGGAUAACUUCCUGAUGGGUAUUGGACGUCACUGUAAUGAGUUAUUCCUUAUUGAUUUGGGUUUGGCCAAAAAGUACAGAGACCACAAGACAAGGCAACACAUACCGUACAGAGAAGAUAAAAAUCUCACCGGCACUGCCCGGUACGCUAGCAUCAAUGCACACCUCGGUGUUGAGCAGAGUCGCCGGGAUGACAUGGAGUCAUUGGGAUAUGUUCUGAUGUAUUUUAACAGAACCAGCCUGCCGUGGCAAGGACUAAAGGCUGCGACGAAGAUACAGAAAUAUGAGAAGAUUAGUGAAAAGAAGAUGUCCAUUCCGGUUGAAGUGUUAUGUAAGGGGUUUCCUGCAGAAUUUGCCAUGUACUUAAACUAUUGUUGUGGACUGCGCUUUGAGGGCCCGGGUUACAUGUAUCUGAGGCAGCUAUUCCGCAUUCUUUUCAGGACCCUGAACCCCCAGUGUGACUACACAUGUGAUUGGACGAUGUUCAAGCAGAAAGCAGCACAACACUGCCUCUUCAAGUGGCAGGGUCAGCAGGCCCAAACCCCACAGGUUUCUAAGCGUGAAUCAAGGAGCAGAAGAAGCAGAGAUCAGAGCAGCAUUUGUUUCUCCCCAAAUUUAGAAAUUUUAGUUUAUAUAUACACUAGCUAG